CCCUUGCAUACAAGACUAAUCCCAAAAAUCAACAUUCAAUACCUAUUUAUUUCCUCCCUUCCCACAAACACACCAUGUGCUAAUUUUCUUCCACUCUCCCCAUAAAUACUUUCCUUUCCCUAAUUCCAAUUCCUCACAACUCAAAAUAUUCAUAUAUUCAUCCUUUUUAAUUUCCCACAUCUCCUCAUAUCAAGAACCAAAAAAUGGCUCUAAAGAAAUCAAGCAAACACAUCACUCAAAGUGUAGCCCUCAAACAAAUCAUGAAAAGGUGUUCAAGUUUUGGGAAAAAUGAGAAUGGACUUCCUCAUGAUGUACCAAAAGGCCACUUUGUAGUAUAUGUUGGUGAAAAUAGGAGUAGAUACAUAAUUCCAAUUUCUUGGUUAACACAUCCUGAAUUUCAAAGUUUGCUUCAAAGGGCUGAAGAAGAAUUUGGAUUCAACCAUGAUAUGGGACUUACAAUCCCUUGUGAUGAAGAAGAUUUUUGUUCUCUAAUGUCAAUGUUCAGAUAAGAAAAAUGCAAGGUAAAAUUGUGUACGAUCUAAACGUGUUCCAACGAUUAUAUCUUGGAAUUUUGCACAAAUUUAGUGCAUCGAACUGUCCUUUAAAUCAAGACAAUAUUGAAGAUUACUGUGGAGCAGCUAGAUUAGACCAUUAAGUGAAUAUAGUUGAAUUUAAUUUUUCUUUAACUUAUUAGAAAGAAAUCCAUUCUAAUUAACUUUCUUUUUUUUUUGUUGGGAUUGAGUUUGUAUAAUCACAUGUGUUACUAAA